UUUCAAACAAUACACAUAUGUAUAUUAUUACAUUAUUACAUCUAUAAAAAUACAACCCUGUCACUGACAAUACAUAAAAGUCUAGAUUAGUUUUUUAUUGCAUAAAAGAUGGCGUCCAAAGAAGAUAACGUUUCUGAUGAAAAUUUAGGGCGACGAACGAGAUCUGGAAGGAAAGUUGUAGCACCUCCCUUAAAUCCAACGCCAGCGCGUUCGACUAGAAGAACCAAGCGAAACCUACAAGAGCAAAUUACAGAAACAGACGACGAGUUGCGGCAAGCUAAUAUAGAAAAGGAAGUAAAUGCCGUUGAACAUCAUUCAGACGUUAUAAAAGAAAUGUUGGAAGAAGCAGCACAAGGCGUUAUAAUUGAGAACCCCAAUGAAGAUGGGAAUGAUUUAGUCUAUCAAGAACAAUUCGUGGAAAGUGAAGAAAUAGUUGAAGAGGUUCCACAAGAUGAUGACUGUAUUGUAUAUGAGGAACAAGUCAUUGAGGAGGACCAUCAACAAAUUGAUGAUGAUAUUGAAAUGUUCGCUGUUCAAGAGGAAGAACAAGUAAUCACAGAAGCGCCCAUAAUAACUGAUACAGGAAUCGACGAAAAAAGUUCAUCUUUUCCUUUCGGGCCAACUGGGGGACAGUCUGAGACUUCAGAGGAUGUACAAAACGAAGAUGGCACGAAUGAAACUGGUGCUGUAGAAAGUUCAUUACUGGCUUCUUUAGCUGGGGACAACGCGAAUAGCUUGCCAUCAGUUGGUGGAGGCGAAGAAAAUGAUGUCAAAAAGGAAGACUUCGAAGCAAAAGUUGCGGCAGUGGAGGCAAAUUGUGAAAAAAUGGAAUCGGAAGAUUCACUUUCUGAACCAGCAAUAGCUGAAGAUAUUGGAAAUGCCGCCGAAGGAAGUGAUGCAACAAUUGUAAAUACGGAAUUAGUUUCAGAAGAUGAAUUACCAUUACCAACGAAGCCAGAGAUAAAUGACGCAGAAGAAGUUUCUGAUGAUGAACUUCCAGCACCCAAACGAGCUGAAUUACCUGCCGAUGCAGAAGUAAUAUCAGAGGAUGAGUUACCCACUGCAACCUUGCAAGCAGAGAAGAAAUCGCCUCCCUUGUCACCAGAAGCCUCUAAUAAGAGCACUUUAUUAGAGCCAACUUCUAAGGAAUCAGUAGGUCAAAAAAGAAAAGCUGAUGAUGGGGAUAAAAGUGAUUGCAAAUACGAUAAACAGCGCAAAGUUGAAGAAUCAAAGAAACGGAGCGAGGAACAAUACAAUCCAAUGAGCCCAACAUCAGAAAGUAACGACGCCACACCUAUUUCCUCAGUGGAAUCGAAGAAAAACAAAACAGAUGUUAGCUCAGUAGAAAAUGAGCACAAAGAAAGAAAAAAGGAGAAGGAUCGGGAGCGUGAGAAAGAAAAAGAAAAGGAGAAGGAAAAAGAGAAAGAAAAAGAAAAAGAACGUAAACGACUACCCGAUUUAGAUAAAUAUUGGCGCGCAGUCAAAGAGGAUCCUGCCGAUUUUACCGGCUGGACAUAUUUAUUACAAUAUGUAGACAAUGAGUCUGAUGCCGAGGCAGCACGUGAGGCUUAUGAUGCAUUCCUUUCACACUAUCCAUAUUGCUACGGAUAUUGGCGCAAAUAUGCAGACUACGAGAAGCGCAAGGGUAUAAAGGCCAACUGCAACGCGGUAUUCGAACGCGGUCUAGAAGCGAUCCCAUUAUCUGUGGAUCUAUGGAUUCAUUACUUAGCACAUGUAAAAAGUAAUCAUGCCGAAGACGAGUCGUACAUACGUUCACAAUUUGAGCGCGCUAUAGAUGCAUGUGGGCUAGAGUUUCGUUCCGAUAAACUGUGGGACGCCUACAUUAAAUGGGAAAGUGAAUCCAAACAUUACCAAAAUGUUGUUAAAAUUUACGAUCGUUUGUUAGCCAUUCCAACUCAAGGCUACAGUGGUCACUUUGAUAAUUUCCAAGACUUAAUAAACCAGCACUCAAUUUUGAGUACUAUUAGCACAGAAGAGCUCAGAAAGAUUCGCUUCGAGCUUCGUGAAAGCAUUUCGUCUCGUUCUUCAUCGUCUCGAUCUAAGAGUCGGCGAAGUGUUUCAAAGGACAAGGAAAGAGAAAAGGACAGGGAAAGCCGUGAUGAGAAAAAGGACGAUGAGUUGAGCAGCAAAUCACCAAAUGCUAAAGAUGCUGAGUUUAUCACAGAAGAAAUAGCAGCUAAUUCAAAUAGUGAUGUCCUGGGUGAUGAUCGCGACACAGACGUUGCUAGCCAUAUAGAUCUAGGCGAUGUUAGCAACAUCAGCGAAGAGGAGGAAACCACUAUCAAAGACAAAGUUAUAUCAAUUCGGCGCAAAUUGCACAAAGCCACCGUUACAGCAGUGACCGCACGUUGGACGUUCGAAGAGGGCAUAAAACGUCCAUAUUUCCAUGUAAAACCACUCGAACGCUGUCAGUUAAAGAAUUGGAAAGAUUAUCUUGAUUUUGAGAUCGAAAAAGGUGAUCGUACACGAAUAUUAGUACUCUUUGAACGUUGUCUUAUAGCGUGUGCUUUAUAUGAUGAAUUUUGGCUAAAAAUGAUUCGAUAUCUGGAAACACAGUUAGAUCAGCCCGGCAUUGUGGCCAUUACCAGCGAUGUUUAUCGACGCGCAUGUGAAAUCCACCAUCCCGACAAACCAAGCUUACAUCUAAUGUGGGCGGCAUUUGAAGAGUGCCAAAAUAAUUUUGACCGCGCUGCCGUGGUACUACAGAACCUAGAAAAAAAAUGUCCGAAUCUGCUACAAGUCGCUUAUCGCCGUAUUAAUGUGGAACGCAGACGUGGCGAUAUGACCAAAUGUCGGGAACUCUACGAACACUAUAUAAAUGCGGCAAAGAAUAAAACAAUUGCUGGAAGCUUAGCGAUUAAAUAUGCACGAUUCUUGAACAAAAUUUGUGAUGAUCUCGAUGGUGGUCUACGUGUAUUGCGACAAGCACUAGAGAAAGAUACGGCAAACACACGUGUUGCUUUGCAAAUGAUAGAUUUAGUUCUACAGCGACCAAAAGUAGAUGAAGAUGAGGUCGUACUAAUAAUGGAUAAGUUUAUGGCACGGGAAAAUAUGGACCCGGAACAGAAAGUGCUCUUUGCUCAGCGUAAAGUUGAGUUUUUGGAAGAUUUCGGUGGAACGGCAAAGGGUUUACAAGAUGCUCAGCGCGCUCUCCAAUUAGCAUUAAGCAAAGCAAAUGAAGCCAAAAAGAAACGAGAAUCAAGCCCCUCCCGAAAAUCCUCAUCGAACAGCAAAGAAAGUUCAAUGUCAAAUUCAGCUAUUUCCUCGGCAUACAAUAAUGGUACUAGCGCUACUACUCCGAGCUAUAACUACAAUUCCGCAAACUCGGCUUAUUAUGGACAACAAAAUAGUGGGGCUUAUACAACGCAACAAUCCUACGAUGGUUACUAUAACCAUUGGCAGUAUGGAUCUAAUUAUGGAAAUUAUGGGCAAUGGAGUGGCUAUGGAAAUUAUUAUUAAAUAUAAUUAAUUUCUCGAAGAUUCCUUUAACUACUCACGUUAUCAGGCGCCUCACCACUUUUAACUAAAUUGGUUAUUAAUGUUUAAAAAUAUUUUUAGUAAUAAUAUUAUCACUAUGUGUAAAUUUUUAAGAUGUUCUGUUGACAAAGAAAUACAAAAUACAUUUUAUACACCUUA